AGGCUCCAUUUUAAGCUGACCUUCCUUUCUCUUCUCCAUCUCGCUUUUCGAUUCUACAUCGAUUUGGUAUAUAGGAUCUUUAGCUUGAUUCUCGCUCUCGUUCUCUGCGAUUUCUAGGGUUUUUUCUUUGCAGCUCUCUAUUGCUUUCUUCAGAUAUAUUGCAAACAGCUCGGAAAAGGAAAGAAAAAGGCAUUGAAGGAAUAGUUUUUGACAGGUGCCUGCAUUUUCACGAUUGCUUCGGGAUCCGUAUUUUGAUUUCCCUUUUGGAUUAUAGCUCCAAAAAGAUCUGAAGGUUGAAGAGUUCUGAGGAAUCUGAGCUAAAAAGCAAACUUCUUUCUUAGACUUGGAACGUGUAUAAGCAUAAUUUUGUCAUCUCAGAUAUACAUGGUUGCUGAGGUGAUGACAACCUCCAGUGUUCAGGACUUCUGUGCUUGAUGGAGUGCUCUCCAACUAGCAGUGACAAGAAAACUUUGAAGAGGUGGUUUUUCAUUGAUAAAAGGGUUAGGUGAAGCGAUAUCUGAGAUUUCAUAUUGGUACCCUGUACCGCUUCACAUUUGCCAGGAUUGUAGGCUGGUAACAUAUACUUUAUUCGUCUGUCAUAAAUUGCUCUAUAAAUCUGGAUCAAAUGGACCUUAAAUCCAAUCGCACUGCUCCUGUACUCACUGACCCUGCACCCAUAAGCAAAUCAAGAUUGGGCGUGCAUUCCAGUCUGUUGCAAUACACUCCAGGUGCUGCUUUUUCGUCAAAUUUAUUUCUAACUAUCCCUAGGAAGAAAACCGGAGUACUAGAUGAUGUUCGCUCCAGUAGCUGGCUUGAUGCUAUGAAAUCCUCAUCCCCUUCUCACAAGAAAAUGACCAAAGAUUUCAAUAAUGAUUUUGCCUCUGCUGACACUGAUGUUGCCUAUCGCACCUGGACGCUUAAAUAUCCAUCAGCCCUUACAUCUUUUGAGCAAAUUGCAAACUUUGCAAAAGGCAAGAGAAUAGCAUUGUUUCUGGAUUACGAUGGGACUCUUUCACCAAUUGUUGACGACCCUGACUGUGCCUUCAUGUCUAAUGAUAUGCGUUCUGCUGUAAAGGAGGUGGCAAAAUGUUUCCCAACAGCAAUAAUUAGCGGAAGAAGCCGUGAUAAGGUAUACGAGUUUGUAGGACUAACAGAACUCUAUUAUGCGGGUAGUCACGGGAUGGACAUCAUGGGCCCUGUUAGACAAUAUGUAUCUGAUGAUCAGCCUAAUUAUAUGAGGUCUACUGACAAGCAGGGCAAGGAAGUUAAUUUGUUCCAACCAGCUAGUGAAUUUUUACCCAUGAUUGAUGAGGUUUAUAGUUCCCUUGUUGAUAGUACCAAAGACAUUAAAGGAGCAAAAGUUGAAAACAACAAGUUCUGUGUAUCUGUACAUUACCGCAAUGUGGAUGAGAAGAGCUGGAAAUCAGUUGCACAAUGUGUCUAUGAUGUUAUAAAAAGCUAUCCACGCCUUCGAUUGACUCAUGGGAGGAAGGUUUUAGAGGUCCGACCUGUGAUCAAUUGGGAUAAGGGGAAAGCUGUCACGUUUCUGCUUGAAUCACUUGGUCUAAGCAAUUGUGAUGAUGUGCUUCCAAUUUACGUUGGAGAUGACCGCACAGAUGAAGAUGCAUUUAAGGUUUUGCGAGAGAGGAACUGUGGUUAUGGUAUUUUAGUGUCAUCUGUACCAAAGGAAACCAGUGCUUUUUACUCUCUUAGGGACCCGUCAGAGGUGAUGGAGUUCCUCAAGUCCCUGGUGAUGUGGAAGAAGUCGAGCGUGCUGUAAGAUUUACAAAGAGGAGAAUACUCAUACGAUAAGAAAAGCCUAUAUGUUUUUGGUUGGCUACUUUACCUAGGAAAUACACCAUCCAGCUGCUCAAAGCUUCUCGUCUUAGCUGUAAAUUCCUUUCUUUUGUUCUCUUAUUUUUUCCUCCAUAUUUUUUUUUUCUGUCAGUUCAACCUCUAGGGGAUUUGUUUACACAGACUUCUAAAUAUUUGUUAAUUCUUUUAAAUAUUUAAAGGUUUAUUUUCGUGCCAA